GGAAGUUCAUUGGGAUACCUGCAUAAAUUUAUAUCGGGAUAGCAUGCGGCCACCACCGAGCCUAUCUGUCUUAUGUUCGAAGAACAUUCAAGUACGAGCUAUAUCGUCUGGAGGCUCUAUAACUAGCUGUGUGGUGCUAAUUGUAGUGAUUAUAGAGUCUUGUUACCGCACAAUUAGUUGUAGUAGAGCUUGUAGUGUAGAGUGUAGUACAUGUUGCUCGAUAUAGAAGGAAAGUAUUAGUCUGUUAACGCAUGAUUCAAGUUAAUGGAGCAAAUUUGCUUAAGAGCUAAUAAACCUG